AUGUGGAAGGGAGUCCUACGCAUUCCUGCUUCCUUUGUACGGGCGGGGAUUAGAUCUAAGAAGCUUGUGGCACGCCGCCUCUUCGAAGCAUGUCUACGGGAGGGGAAUCCGCAAGCCAUAUACUACGAUUCGCUAAACCGCCUUGUCAACGGAGGCGAUUUUCAUGGCUGCGUUAACGGCUUGUCUUCUAUCGCCGGUAGAUCCCCGAUGGCCUCCCUAACAGCCGCAAUUUUUUUUGUUUGCAAAGGUGAGACGAAAAAGGCGAGUGAGAUGUUUCAUAUGUUCAUUAAACUUUCAGGAGUUUCCUUCGAGGACCCUGGGCUCAACAGUUUGGUGAUGAGAUCGUGCGUAACAUUUUCCGCUGCGAACCCCACAUCUACCCAGGAUCGCACCUGA